UAUUAUUAAUUCUAACGAUCGUGCGUCUCGUCUUGUCUCGUCUCGUGAUAAUAUUAAGUAAAGUGUUUGCAAUUGAUAAUAAAAUUCGCAUUUAUAAUAAUAAUAAAUAAAUAUUUAACAUAGCAAAAUGCCGCAGAGCUCGACAACAAAUUGGUCAUUCCAGCCGCUACAUCGACAGCGUAGUGGGCAUUACCAGCACCAUGUGCUUAAUUCGGUGCCGGAGACGGCUGUCUUGACCACGCCUCCGCCUCUUCGAAAACCGCUCUCGUUGCAAAUUGCUGGCGUUGGUGCUGCUGCUAACAACGGUGGUGCUGCAGCAUUAGCUGACAAAACCAAACGGAGAUACAUAACAUCCCGCAAGAAGGCCAAAAGCACAAUGAAAAUGCUUGUCGUUGACACCGAGCGAGAGGAGGCUCUAAAUUUGCAAAUUGAAUUCGAGUGGGUGCUGAGGCAGGAAGUGCAUGCGAUAUUAAAGCAAUUGCGAACUAUACUAGUGGAAUGCGCCCAUCGAUUUCCUGUGCCACUAUAUGAUAACGAGGGCAAGAAGACUGAAAAGUUCGUACUCAGUGUGUCGCCCGAUCAACUGAAGGCGGUGCUAACCUUAACGGGCGAUGCGAUAACCCAAGCAGAUAUUAGCUUUAAGCUGUGCAAAGCGCCCAGUCAGACGCAACGUACCUCAAUCACACACGAUUCGCCGUGGAAGCUGCAGCAGGUGCAGGAUGCUGCUAAUCAUCUGCAAACAGCAAUCAAUCACAUUGACGACGUUGAUGACUCUUAUCACUUCAAAACCUCGGAUGAAGUGCUUCAUGUGAUAGGCAACAUUUUGGAUGCGCUGCAGCGUGGACGCAACAGUUUGCUAGUGCCGAAGAAGAAGCCAAUUGAGGAGCUAAUCAAGGGACGCAAUAUGAAAUCACUUGUGCCUAACCUGCCCGAAGAUUUGGCCGUUAGCUUCUAUCUGCAGAGCCACAAGCUGAUCAUAGCCGUCUAUCAGCUGUUAAACAAUCAAGGGACAAUGCAAUUUGAUUCUCGCCAAGCGGAAAUCGGUGUUCAAUGGCUCAAUGAUGUACUCCUGCUGCUGAUGAAUGGCCAGAAACUGUGUCAGCAGCUGAAAGACAAGAUAUCCGUGUUUUCAGUAUACAAAGAUUUUACAGUUGGUUCGCGUUCGCCAUCAGCUUUAUCGUACUGAGUGGAAAGGAUAUAUGUAUAUGGCUGAAAAGGAUAAACAAUAUAACAACAAUAAUAGCUUAUAAUGAAAACGUACUUGUAAUAGUUAAAGUAAAUAAUGUUAGUUAAAGAGUUGCUCCUUGUGACCGCAUACCGUAAUACCUAUUAUAUAUAUACUGAUAUAUAUAUAAAGAGUUAUAUAUACACCUAACUAGUUUUAUGAACACACAAUCAACAUUCAUAUAUUGUUCAUCGCGCGACAAUUGAUUAGUAUAGAAUUUGUUUUCAUUGCUUCAUGUCACACUCCAAUUUAUGCAUCUAAAUGCAAUAAUGUAACUAAAAAAAAUCUAGAUAAUUAUUAAUGAUUAUAUAUAGUUUGUGCGGCAGAAGUGCGUACAUUAAUGUAAUAAUGAUGAUGAUAAUGAUAUAUUAUGUAUUUAUUAUGAUAUAAAAUUCAAGUCAGUUAGUACUUAACAGAUUGAUAUCUAUAUAUAUACACAACAUGCAUACAUACAUACAUUAAAAUUAUUAACCUUACGAUUUAAAACUGAGCAUGAACAUUAAAAUAUAUUUACAGAAUAAUGUAAUAAACCAAACCGAAAUGUGAACAGAAUUUUUAAUUAUACUAAA